CUGAGGUUGCAAAUUCAGUUGUUACUGAUGUGUGUCAGAUAAAACAUCUACAAUAUGAGUGAUAGUAAGAAAAUGGGUUUGGAUAAUCCGGCUUUUGAGUCUGGUAAUGAUGUCUUUACGAAGACUAAUGGAACAGUUGAAGAUCCGGAAAACAAAGGCGACGAGCGCCAAAGGGCCCAAUGGGGCAAUGGCAUUGAGUUUCUCAUGUCAUGUGUGGCCAUGUCAGUCGGCCUAGGCAACAUUUGGCGCUUUCCCUUCACGGCUUACGAAAAUGGCGGCGGGGCUUUCCUGAUCCCUUACAUAAUAAUCCUCACAUUAAUCGGCCGCCCUUUAUACUACAUGGAAAUGUCUCUCGGCCAGUUUUCCAACCGUGGCAACAUAAAAUUUUUCAAAUCACUAAGUCCCUACCUCAAAGGAGUUGGCUAUGGCCAAGUCGUUGGAUCGGCUUUCGUCGCCACUUAUUACUGCAGCCUCAUGGCUAUAACGUUGUUCUAUUUGGCGAAUUCGUUCACCGGGGAUUUACCCUGGAGCACGUGUAAAGAUGAAUGGUUGGCAGACCUAGACAAGCAGCAGAAACAAUGCGUCGAUGCUAUCGCGAAUGGGACAACCCAUGUAAAACCGAAUUACACUACUGUGAGCUCAUCUGAACUGUAUUUUACGAAAGAAGUUUUAAAAGAAAGCACGGACAUUAGUGAGGGGAUUGGUACCCCUGAGUGGAGAUUAACCCUGUGUUUGCUCGCGUCAUGGAUUAUCACAUUUUUAGUAUCAGCCAAAGGGAUUCAAAGCUCGGGGAAAGCUUCAUAUUUCCUCGCGCUCUUCCCUUAUGUCAUUAUGAUAACUCUACUGAUUCGGGCUGCCACAUUAGAGGGCGCUGCCGACGGAAUGUACUACUUUAUCAAAACUGAUUGGGCCAAACUCGCCGAAGCUGAUGUGUGGUACGCCGCAGUCACUCAAUGUUUCUUCUCCCUGAACGUGGGUUUUGGUACAAUUGUCAUGUUUGCGUCUUACAACGAUUUCGAACAUAAUAUAAGUCGGGAUGCAUUAAUUGUUACCACCCUUGACACGUUUACGUCCCUGUUAUCAGGGGUGACAAUUUUCGGAAUUUUAGGCAACCUAGCACACAAUAUGGGGGUAACCCCCGAUCAGGUUAUAAAAUCAGGAGGCACUGGUCUUGCAUUUAUUUCCUACCCGGAUGCCAUUGCAAAAAUGGAAGCCGUACCGUGGCUUUUUGCCAUACUUUUCUUUUUCAUGUUGUUCGUUUUGGGGAUUGGCAGCCUUGUCGCACUUCACGGAACUGUCAAUACAGUGGUGCAGGAUAUUUUUCCUAAAUUGAAAAGUUGGCAAGUGUCGGCGUAUACAGCGAUUGGUGGUUUUUUGAUCGGUUUGAUGUACGUCACUCCGGGUGGCCAAUUUAUGUUAAAUCUGGUGGAUCAUUACGCCGGGACAUUUCUGAUUUUUGUGUUUGCCGUGCUGGAAGUGGCAGCAGUGUCGUGGGUUUAUGGACUUGAAAAUUUCUGUUUGGAUUUGGAAUUUAUGUCAAAGAAGAAAGUCAGUAUUUAUUGGAGAUUGACUUGGGGGUUGAUAACCCCGGUAUUUCUGUUCGUAAUUUUCAUUUACUUCUGCGUAAAAUACGAAAGAUUGUCGUACGCUUCUUACACGUACCCGGAUGAAGUUUUAGCUUUCGGGUGGGCUAUUUUGGGCGUUUCAGUCGCCCAGUUUUUCAUGUGGAUAGUUUAUUACAUUUACAAAAAUCGUGAUCAUGGAUUCCCAGACAUGGUAAAUAAGACGUUCUCGCAUGAAAAUUGGGGUCCGGUGGGUCAGACCCGAUGCGAAAAUUGGAAGAAAUUCAAAGAGGACGCGUUACAAAAGAGCAAAAAUAAAAAUAAACCUUACUUCCAGAAAUGUUUCGAUAUGCUCAUCGGGCGCAAAUAACGUUUUUAUUAAAGUUCCUCACAAAUAAAUUUUGUAUUUUGUGACAGAGUUUGAUGUUCUCAAACGAGUUAUUGUACUGUGAUAUUACGCAAUAUACAUUUUUAUUUUA